AUGGCCAGCUCGCGCUCUAGGAGCCGCUCGAGCUCAAGAGAGCAUAAGAAGCACAGGAAACGCUCUCGCGAAUAUAAGAGGAAACGUGAUAGAUCGCGUGUCCGCUCGCGCGAGGUUAAGCGUUCUCGAUCCUUCUCCGAGGAUCGUUUAGGCCAGGGAUCGCCGAGAUACUCGCAGACGCUUGGAGAUGCAGCACUCCUGACGAACAUUCUAGAGGCAGUUCAGGACCAAGGACGAAAGAUUGCCCUAUUGGAAAGCGAGGUUAGGGGACGACAGUCGCGUUCCCCCCCUUUUCAGCCACAAGAAGAGCCGACGACUCAUGAGAGCCGGGGCACCGAACCAGACGUAGCGUCAGAACCAAAGGACCACUCAGUCACUUUUGUAAAUACAGACGCUGAACAGGAUGGAGAGCCAUCACUGGUCAGCCAGCUGUUCCGCACUCAGCAGGAUUCGCUGGAGGUUUUGGCAUGGGAUCAGGUAAUGCUCGACUUUACCAGAGCUACCGUAAGGGCCGGGCUCCCAGACGAUUUGCGUACACAGUUGCUGACUAAAUUCGGGGUUAGGGAAGGUUUCGCAUCCUUCGGACCACCGAAACUCAACAAACUACUGCUGCCGGUGCUGAAAGCCUCAUCAACGGUUGCUAAAAGGGAUGAGUACCAGGCCCAAACGCAGGUCGCAGCCGCUCUCAAUGCCCUAGGCGCAGGCCUUUCCCACCUCACAAAACCUGAGGUGACCUCUCUCUUGCCAAUGGAUGGUAAGUCAGCGCUCAGCCAGAUCGCUGAAGGCAUACAACUUCUAGCCGAUCACCAAUAUAGGCUGUCACUAGCCAGACGGGCCUUCAUAAAACCGGCCUUGAAUUUGUUGGGGAAAUCUACCGCCGACCUAGCCCCAAUAGACGAGUGGCUGUUCGGGACUUCGUUCGUUGAAGAAGUCAAAGACGCCCAGGCCUGUCACCCCUCUCCCAGGAGCGAAGAUCCAAUCAGCCCGGAGACAGGCCCCAGCGGGAAACGCGAGAGCCCCUGCCCGCCAGUCGAAUCAACCGUAUCGCCGGGCAGGGGCUCACCUACCGAGGAGCCGGUCUCAAAGACCAGCGUCCCGCUCUCGCACACAUCGCCGCUGAAUCCGGUAAGAACCGCAGGCCGACUGGCUUAUUUCUUGCACAAUUGGAAGGUUAUAACAUCGGACCAGGAAGUUUUGCGGGCAAUUCAGGGAUAUAAAAUCCCUUUUUUCGUAUCACCACCCGCUCGCUCGGAGCUGGAGGAACCAACCUUUUCAGCCUCGUCCUCGACUCACUGUAACUUAGAAAUUGACAGACUAUUACGAAAAGGGGCCAUAUAUCCAGUUCAACCCUUAAGGGAUCAGUUUCUCUCCCCCUUUUUCCUAAUUGACAAACCAUCAGGAGGCAGGCGUUUCAUAUUAAAUCUAAAAGAGCUUAAUACCCACAUUCUCCCACCUCACUUUAAGUUGGAAGACUGGCGGACAGUUGUACGUCUCAUGCUCCCUAAUGUCGAGAUGGCAUCUCUAGAUUUAGAAGACGCUUAUUUAGCAGUGCCUAUCCACCCUUCGUACAGGAAAUAUCUUAGAUUCCGAUGGCAGGGGAUUAUCUAUGAAUUUGCGGCCCUACCAUUUGGCCUCGCUACAGCGCCGUAUAUAUUUACAAAAAUUUUACGCCCAGUGGUUGCUUAUCUUCGUGCAGAAGGUUACGAGUCGGUACUGUAUCUGGACGAUUUCCUCCUACUGGCCCACUUAAAAGAAGCCUGUCGACGUAAUGUGCAGGCGCAUAUCAAUACUCUUUCGAAGCUGGGCUUUGUUAUUAACUUUGGGAAGUCAGAACUGGAACCUGCUCGCCGUCGCAAAUACCUUGGCUUUGUGUUUGAUUCGGAAUCGCAAUCUGUCGCUAUUCCAGAAACCCGCCGAAUUAAACUGUAUUCGCUUGUUUCAGAUUUCUCGGCCAAAUCUCACUGCUCGAUCACGGAUUUCGCCAGCAUGAUUGGCUCCCUUAUUUCAGUCUGUCCCGCGGUGAAGUAUGGCUUACUCUACACAAAGAACUUUGAGAGGCAUAAAUUCCUGGCCCUCAAAGGAACUAAUAACGACUUCAAAGCUAGAAUGGUUAUCUCGCGGGAUCUCGAUGAGGAUUUCCGUUGGUGGCUGGAUGCUUUAGCCAAACAGGAUCGGGCGAAUCAUAUUCUAACAGGUCGCUUCGCUCGAGAAAUUUUUUCGGAUGCCUCCCUGACGGGCUGGGGCGCGUCAUCAUCCGAGGAUAGGACUCAUGGCUGGUGGUCUGAGGCGGAGAAGACCCUUCACAUUAAUACAUUAGAGCUUAAAGCCGCUUUCUACGGAUUAAAAUGCUUUGCAUCGGAUCUAAGUAACUGUGAGAUUUUAUUAAGGGUGGAUAACACCACAGCAAUAUCAUAUAUUAAUCGUUUCGGAUCGGUCAAAUAUCCCCACUUAUCAGCCUUUUCAAGGGAUAUCUGGCAGUGGUGUGAGGCUAAAAAUAUCUGGCUGGUAGCCUCAUACAUCGCCUCGGCCGAAAAUGCCAUUGCGGACGAAGAAUCUCGUCGCAGAAAUGCGGACACUGAAUGGUCGUUGUCCGCGGACGCUUUUCAGAUAAUAGACAGGGAAUUUGGCCCCUUUGACAUUGACCUCUUCGCUUCUAACAUUAAUGCAAAGUGCAACAUCUUUGUCUCCUGGUUUCCAGACCCAGAGUCUUUUGAUGUCGACGCAUUCACCCUUUACUGGGGUGAAUUCCAUUUUUACGCUUUCCCCCCCUUCAUUUUACUUCCACGGGUCCUACGGAAAAUCAUUGACGAUAAAGCAGAAGGGGUGGGAUCACCACCCGGCGGCCAGAUCCCUUUCCCUGGGGGCAGGGAACUUAUCGGGCAAGCAUUUAAGGCUAGAGGGGUCCCGCAGUCGGCCGUCGACAUCAUGUUAGCGUCUCUCUCACCAGCUACAAUCCGUCAAUAUUCGGGCCCUCUCCGCUCCUGGUGGGUUUUUUCUCAAAAUCAGCAUUGCUCUCCAUUCCGUCCAGAAACCAAGGAUGUCCUCCUUUUUCUGUCAGGUCUAUCGCGAACAGUAGGCUCUUAUGCCUCGCUGAACUCUGCCAGAUCCGCGAUUUCUCUAAUUUCGUCAAACAAAAUCGGUAACGACCCCUUGAUCAAACGGUUCUGUAAGGGGAUUAGUGUACUGAAACCUUCCGGUCCGCGUUAUGAUUACAUUUGGGAUCCAUCCCCGGUAAUAUCGAAACUGACAACCCUCUUCCCACACGAAUCGCUAUCACUAGAGGUGAUAACUAAGAAGUUAGUCGUGUUAUUAGCGCUAGCAUCGGGACAACGGUGUCAAACCCUUGCCGCGAUUCGUGUUUCGCAGAUCUCAUUUACUGCACAAAGGGUUCUCAUUCGCGUACCGGAUCGAAUAAAGACCUCAGCUCCGGGCCGAUCUCAACCUCUUCUGUCCUUCCCUCGAUUCAAGGGGCACGACAAUUUAUGUGUUGUCAAUUUACUCUCUCACUAUUUGUCAAGAACGCAAGACAUUCGCCCCUCGGCCUGUGAUUCCCUCUUUAUUGCGCUCAAACGCCCGCAUACCGCGGUAGGCACCCAGACGAUUAGCCGUUGGAUAAAAAGUACCCUAGCCGAGUGCGGUGUAGAAGACAUCUUCUCCGCUCACAGUACGCGACAUGCGUCAACGUCACUCGUGGCCCAGAAGGGCUUCUCUGUGAAUCUUAUCAGGCGGGCGGCGGGAUGGUCCGGCGAAUCGCGUGUAUUCGCGAAUUUUUACAAUAGAACAGUAUUAGACGAAGACGCGUUCGCUAACGCGAUCUUAUCAUCAAGUCUAUCCAUGUCAUAG